GUAAUGUGCAGGUAACGGACCGCUAAAACGCAUGUGGUGCGCAUAUGUAUGUAUAAUUUGUGGUUUAUAUAUAACCUCAAUAAAUUUAUACAUGCAGUUGAUUUGGUUCAGUCUUUUAAGAAUAAUAUUAUUAAUAAUAUAAGUAAUUAGAAAAAUAUUAGUUAUGAAUACUGUAUUUACGAAUAUUUUAAAACCCUUCUUAGUGAAGUCAUAUUCACUAAGGCACCUUAGAAAUGUAAAAGAUCCUGGAAUUAGAAGAAGAGCAGCAAUCAUUCAGCAAAACCUCGAAAGUGAUGAUAAUUUGGAAGAGUUAGAAGCUGAUUUCUUUGAUCUGAGCAAAUCACACAAACAACACGAGCGAGAAGUGGAAGCCUCCAGAGAACUGCAUAAGUAUCAUAUUGUUAAACAGAAAUAUUUCAAAGAAAAACUGCCCAAUUUCUUAACAUGGGCUGAUAAACAACAAAUACAAUAUUUACACAGCAGUAAUCCUGAGGAAUGGACUGUGGAGAGGCUGUCUGAAGGAUUUCCGGCAUUACCAGAUAUCAUUUCAAAAAUUAUAAAGAAUAAAUGGGUGCCAAAGAACGCGAAUCGUGUAAAAAAACACGAUGAGGCUGUUCAACAAAACUGGCAUCUUUUCAAAAAGGAGAAGGAGAAGCUCAAGUUACCUGCAGAUGUAAUAGCACAUCUGAGGAAGUUUACAUCUAGGGAUUUAAACUUAAAUCCGGAUUUAAGUGAAUUGCAAGUUGAGGAUGUUUCAAAACGCGAAUUGGUCAAGAAGGGCGGUGAGUUCUCGAAUAUUAUACAAAGUUAUGAAGCGCUUAAAAUGAAAAACAUAGACAAACAAAUUUCUAAACAAAAUUACUUCUGGGUACUAAUCAAACAUCAAUUGUUGAAAGUAACACACAACUUGUUAAUACUCAACAAGAUGACAUUAAUCAAAAGCAAAAAAUGGACAAAAGUAAUGACUCAUGAUCAGUUAGAGAAGCAAUUGUCACAUGGUAAAUCAUUAUCACCUAAAAGUGAAAGUGAUUUAGUUAUAAAAUCAAAUGAAGGUGAAGAGACGCCAGAAACCAAAGAAAUCACUUUACAACCUGAAGAAUUAAACUUUAACGUAACUAAAUUCAAAUCCCCUGAACAACAAUUUAAUUUAUAUAAACCAAAACGCGAUUAUUUAAAUCUGAUGUAUCCUCAAAGGAUUAACAUCCCUGCUGCAAAACGUAAACGCGGAUACACUUACAAAUUAAAUGACUGUUUCUAUGACUCAGAUGGUACGUUUUUGUACAGGGUUCCUGGCAUGUUAUAAAAAAAAACGCAAUAAAUAGUCAUAAUUUAA